UCAGUCAGUUUUCCAUUUUUCUUUUUUUUUUGAAUACCCGAAAUCGAUCGAUUAUGUAUUAAUUAGAAUCGUUAGAAAGGUUAUUAUCGAUUUUAUUCUCUCUUAUUUUCUCUACUUUAUACACGAACGCUCUCUUUUUUCUUUUUUUUUUUUCUUUUUCUUUAUACAUAUAUAUAUAAUUCGUAUUAUUUUCUCAUCCUCUUUUUUAUUCUUUACUUUCUCUCAUUUAUCGAAAUUUUUCUUCGUAACGUAACACUCGUCACACGUUUUUUUUUGCGCUUAAUGCGACAAUGAACGAUGUAAAGGAGGUUUGAAGUUUUCGCGGGCUUAACAAUAGUACGAUCUCGAUCUCGAUCUUGACUUCGACAAUCGAAUUGACUGACAAUCGAGUCGCAUUCGUCUGAAAUCCAGUUCGUGUUCUCUCUUGUUUGUGUUCCGUGACCGACGUUUUCGAAUUAGUUCGCUUAUGUCUCUGUGAUAAAGGAUUUUCAUUUUAUCUGAUAAAAAUGGCGUAUCGUGCAUUGCUACGUAGAUACACCAAGGAAUUAAGUGUCAAUGGGAAUGAACGCUUUAUAAAAUUAUUCUCUACGGGUUCUAUAAAAUUAGAAAAAGAAGGAAGAAUAAAAGAAGAGGAUAAGUUGAAGUUACACCCAGAAAAUGAUGUAUUUGCACCUAGCGAGAGACCUGCUGAAGUAACUAUCACGGUGCCAGUUGUAGAAGAUAUUGGUGCAGUAUCUGGAGUACCAGAUGAACAUAUUAAAACUCGUAUGGUUCGCAUUUAUCAACCUCCUAAAAAUUCUAUGCAAUCCGGUACCAAUAACAUUCAUUACUGGCAAAUCGAUUUCGACACGCGUGAACGUUGGGAAAAUCCAUUGAUAGGAUGGACUUCGACGGGAGAUCCAUUGUCAAAUAUGAAAGUUGAUUUUACGAGUAAAGAGGCAGCUAUCUUGCAUUGCGAAAGAAUGGGUUGGAAAUAUUAUGUUCAAAAGCCAAAUCGGGUUGAUCCAAAGCCUCGUUCUUAUGGAUCUAACUUUGCGUGGAAUAAGCGUACCCGGGUUUCUACUAAGUGAUGCAAAGUGAUAAAUAAUAGAGGUACUAUCGUUAGUCAUUGAAGUAUGUAAAUAAUAAUAAUAAUAAUAAUAUAAUUGUAUGUAUAAAGAUACUAUAAAUCGGUUGAAUAAACUGAUAAAAAGUA